AAAUAUAAAUUUUACAAAUAGUAUUUCGAAAAUAUUGAAUUUUUCUUCAGAAUGUUCAAUCGGAAUUUAAAUAUGAUUUUUUUAUUCGUUAUAAUUCUUUGUUGGAGUGGAAAAGCAGAGGAGAGUGAAAAUAAACCGAGAAUUGUACGAAGAAUGAUUGGUGGUAAGCGAGUUGAAAUUGAGGAUUAUCCAUACAUGAUUGCCAUUUUCAAUCAAAGAAUCCAAGGACGCUUUUCUGGCGAUUUUCUAGCAACAUUCACAUUGAUAACAACGAGAACUGCACUAGGAGUUGCUCAUGUUGUAACUAACUACACAAUUGAAGGAUUGUACGGGACAGUAGGACACAAAGAUAAAUACUUUGGAAGGAAAGUGUAUUUUACGAAAAAAGUUCAACAUCCGAACUUUGUUGGAGACUUAUUUCAUUACGAUAUCGCCCUCUUAAUAAUAAAAGACGUUGUUUCUAAAGUCGCCACUUCUGUUCUUCCUUCGUUUGUACAUCCGAUCGCUCUUCCGCACAAAAAUAGAGAUUGCCCUUCAUCUAGAACAUUGAUAAUUGGAUGGGGAAGAACUGGUACAGGUAUGCAAGAUACGACACAUUAUCUCCACGCGGCUGAUGUCAAUGUCAUCAAAGUUAGCGACACUCCCUACAAAGGAAAUCCGAUGUACGAAUCCAAAUCACUAAUUCUCACACGUAAACAAGGUGUUUCCACAAUGAUAUGGUUGACCAGGUAACACAAGACCUUAUGUGUGUUCUUCAAAAGAAAAGACUCUGAAUCCAUCACGAGGAUCCCGACCAUCGAUUGGUCCGUGUAGGAUAUAUAUAUGUAAAAUACAAUGAAUAAGAGAUGGUUUUAGCGGCGAUUUUAGAAGUGUGAGGAAUAGCGCAGAUAGAACGACAACGAUAGAGCAUUCCUACUCAAGAGACAACGUGUUCUCCGACUAUGGUAUCGAGAUACCGAGAUGAUCGAACUCUUAAUUUCUGUUGUAUUUCGCGAUUUGGAAAUCGGGAUCAGUAAUUACACUAGUAGUAAUAACAACCUGAUGGUAUCGAAAAUUUUGGCUA